GCCUCUAACUCGCGGCCGCCGAUGUCCAAGCUGAGCGACUUCCCGGGCCUGGACCGCAGCCAGGGGCCCCUCAAGCCGGCGCCGAAGCGGGUGGUGAAGCCUGGCCCAGGAGCGUACAACCCGGACCCUGGAGACGGGUCGUUUGAACGCUGCGUUAGCUCGACUCACCAGCGCAUGACGCUCAGCAAGUCGCGCACGAACUGGCAGGAGGACGUGGCCAUCUCGCGCACGCGCGGCGGCCCGCUGUACGACCCGAACGCGGCCGCCGUGCAGAAGCGCGAGCCCAGCUGGGGCUUCUCGAAGCACGAGGCGAAGGGCGCGAAGCAGACUGGCCCGGGGCCGCAGCUAGAGCACGGGGACAACCUCAACUUCGGCAAGGCGCCCUCCUUCGGCUUCGGCAGCGAGCGGCGAGUCCUGAAGAUCCCCACGGCCGGCAACCCCAAGGCGGAGACGGUGCCCGGCCCGGGCCACGUCGAGCCCAAGCGCAACCUCACGGAGCAGGCACAGGCCACCUUCUCCAUGGGCUCCCCCCGCCGCAGCGCCCCGGCGGUGCCGUCCAGCGCCCGACGCAGGGAGAUGCCGGGACCGGGCUCGUACGACACGGUCACGGACUUCGGGCACGAGAGUCCGCGCAUGGCGAACCCAGGGCAGGCCACUCCGCGCUGCAGGCUCGGGACGGCCGCGCGCAGCGUGAUGGACCCGGUGAAGAAGAGGAUGGCGCCGGCCCCGGGGGGGUACGACAUCCACGAAAAGUCGGUGGGGGCCACGGGCUCGGGCGGUCCCAAAUGGAGCAUGACUGGCAGGGCCGAGUUCGAUCUCGCGGCGUCCACGACUUACGUCUGA